UACGUAGCAAUGAACUCAAUGCGAACCAUCUAUUACGAUACAAACAAAGGUUGCAACUUCCAAGGGAAAAGCAAAAUGGAUCUGCAUGACAAUAGUGCCAAGCAGCCGCAGGUGGUAGCUGUGAUGAGCGUGCCACCUCUCAAGGUGACUGAGCCACGGCUAGCUCUCCAAGUCCUCGCGGAUGAUGAUGGUAUCGAUGCGAGGACCAUUGGAGGGUGCUACCAAGUAGUACUAUACUACAAUCAAUGCAAUGAGGAGGACAACGGUUGGAAUUUGGCUGGUUGGUUUGUUGAAUCACUUGCCAAGGCUCUCUUGGACCACCCUCUACUCGCUGGCAGGCUCCAAAGAAGAAGCGAUCAUCACAAUACUUGGCUGGAAAUUGUGUCUAAUGAUUCCGGCAUUCGCCUCUUGGAAGCGCGCUGCCCGUUGAGCUUGGCGCGCUUUCUUCAGCAGAACCAAGAGGAGAACCGUGAAACUCAGCUUGUCUUUUGGAAGGAAAUUGAUCACCAGAAUCCUGAGUUCUCACCCUUGGUUUAUGUUCAGGUGACCAAUUUUGAAUGUGGAGGGUACUCAAUUGGCAUUAGCUGCAGCCUCCUAUUGACAGAAGUUUUGGUAGUUGACAACUUCCUUAAGAAAUGGGCAAAGAUACACGAUGAGAUGUUAUCCAAAAAUGGAGAAAUCAAAAGGCCCAUAUUUUACCAACCUUGUCAGAAGAAUGUUGAUGAGGCUCUUGCUAGUGAUGUAAUUAGCCGCUCCCUAAGCAAAAAUGGAAUAGAAAGCAUGGUGUUCAAGAUCACUUCAAAUGAGGCAAGUUUCAACAAAGAAAGGUUGAGGGAACUAGCCAUGUUUUGUGUCGAAGAAGCAGAACAAAAACUCAACAUAAAAAUGGGGACAAGUUUUUCUUUUGUGGUGAGAGAAUCAUCUAAAGUCACAAGGGUAGAAAGCUGCUCAAAAUCAAAGAGGGGGCAUAGUAGUAUGCAGGGUUUGGCCCUCAAAAAUUGUAUUCAAAUGACACCGACAACAUGGAAUGAAUUUGGAUUGUACGAGGUAGCGUUUUGCAAAGGGAAUACAGCUGUCCAUGUUUCUUGUUGGGUUGCUUCGGUUCCUGAUGGACAUGUUUUGGCAGUGCCAUACCCAAAGGAGAAUGUAUCUGCUCUGAUUAUAGUCUCACCUCCACGUUGAAGCAGAGUGCUUAAUUAGAUUAUAGGAUGUUAUUUAUUUGUUUAUUUUAUUAUAGUUUCAAGCACUGGCUUUGCUUAGUCCAUUCAUACCUUGCAACACUAAUUACUCGCUGAGAAUUCCUGAGAUUUAUAGUAAUU